UGUCAACUUUUGCAAGAUUGAGCACACAGAGUCAGAAACUAGUAGUCUCUAGUCUCUGGAAAUAAGACGCGUUUCUAACUUUUUCUCUUCAUAUAUAAGCAAAGACAUUAACUCUAAUGUUGCAUCUCCACCACUAAGUGAGGAAAGAGAGCGGGCCGCGAGUAGCUGCAGAAGGAUUGAUCCAUUCGAGAAUCUAUUUCUCAGGGGAUCGAAUAGCUUCUGCAGUAUCUGCUUACUCUGUACAUAUAUCUACCAAUAAAAUGACUCGCUCUCUUUCCACCGCUAAAUUUCUGGUUGCUUCAAUUGUUGAGGAUCUACCACUUUCUAUCUUCCGGAGAGGCUAUGCGGGUGCAGCACAUGGGUCUGAGUCGGCUAGCUUUGGUAGGCGAGGGUCAAGGACUAGUAUUGUGGGGAAAGUAGAAGAAAGAGCUGCGACGAAAGAAGAUGAUUCAGGAUCAUCUACUGCGUGGGCACCAGACCCCAUCACGGGGUACUACAGGCCAGCUAAUUCUGCGGCUGAGAUCGACCCGGCUGAGCUCCGGGAAAUGCUAUUGCACAACCGGGUUAGGCCACGGUAGAAGUCUGAGAUUCAGAUGCUGAAGUGGUGGCGUUCACUUUUUAGUGUGUUUCUUACACCAGCAUAUAGUAGUACUGUACUAGAAGUUUUUAAAUGUUGCCAGUUGCGUCAUACCACUCUUAUUGUCUUAAAGACUCCUGUAGUCUUGGUUAUGACUUAUCAUAUCAAUGAAGAAAACUAUCCAUUAUCAAAAUUUAUGUUUCCCGUUUAA